AUGGAGAAAGCGGAGUAUCCAAUCACACCAACCAAGCCACGUGAAGGCCAUGGCUACGGCGGAAGCCCUGCUAAUACCGCGCAAAGUGCAUUAGGAUCCGCACAGUCCAUCAACAAACACAGCUCCAACGUUGAAGAGACCAUCUCACAACUCUACAAGGCCAUAGGCAGGCGCAAAAAGGAAAGUGCACAUUGGCAAAUCAGUUACAAGAACACGCGCAAAGCCAACCGCGAUCUGAAAGAUAGGGUCUCGCAACUGACCAUCGACAACGCAAACAUGGAAUCCUCUAAGACAAUCUACGAAGAUAAAUACGGAUACAUCGUCAACAAGGCUAUCCUACCGUACGCGGAAGCUGCAGGUCUACAAUUCGAUGACCGCACAAAGGCCUCCGUGGAUACGGUGAUGGAACCUUUCUACAACGACGCGAUGACGACUCUCGAUGUACGAAACGAGUUGCGUCCAGAUGAUGUCGAAAUGAGGGUUCUCAAAGAUGAGCUUAUGGCUUCACGGUUAUACGGUCAGUCUUUGGAAGAACAGAAUCAGUUUCAGGAAACCGAGAUCCAGAAGCUGCGACAGGAUCUAGAGAGCUCAAAAGCCGCCGUUGAGAACUCCCGCACUCAAACCCAGGUACUGCAAAAAGAGAUGCUAGCUCGCGUCCCAAAGAUCCAAGCUAUUUCCGACGAGGCCUUCUCCAGGAGAUUCCAUACUCUGGCUUCCAUGGUCAAAUCGCUGAGUCGUUCCGUUCGAAUCACUCCAGAAGUCGAUGUACUGGCCAUCCUCCAACCGCCUAUGCUCAACUCUGAUGUACCAGACACUCAAUGGAGCAACCGUGCAAGGAAGAAGGCUUACAUUGAAGCAUGGAUCUGGUCUACCCUCCUCGAAAUGGUAUUUUCGUCCCCGUUCGUUUUCUGCAGGAGGCUUGCCAAAACUCUUCACGACGCGUGGUUUCAUUUGUUUGGCGAUGUCAAUCCCUUGGAAUGGCCGGAGCCCUCGCCGGAAAGUGAAAACUGGCGAUGCACGACAAUCGAGAAACUAAUGGAUAGGAUCGGUCGGGAGACAAUAACCGAGGGACAGACACAGGGAAAGAAUCGCCAAUCAGACGAAAAGACCCGAGACCUGCAGAUAUCUGUGAUCCAAUCCCGGGAGAAAGUAUCCGAGUUCAUCACAACAAAUCUCACGGCAAUCUAUUCGGGGACCGACUUCUCGCAUGUCCUGAACAUAGUCAAUCAAGCAUUUGCGCUGUCGUUGGACAUGUCACUUCAGCGUUCACGCAUUCAGAUGACCUGGUCUAACAUUGGAACCGACUUUGUUGCGGAACACAUGUCUGCAAUUCCUGACCGCAACGGCGAAGACAUUCGCGAAGGAGUUGUGGCGUUCAUCGUCAGCCCUGGUCUGACCAAAUGGGGUGAUGCAAACGGGAACCACUUCGACAAGUGUCACGAUCUCGUGCCUUCGCUCGUCCAGAUCGAGCCGCGUCAGAAUUUUGUAUAA